AAGAAAGAAAGAAAGAAAGAAAGAAAAGAAAGAAGGAUGCAGGGUUUAGGGUUUGUAGUAGUAGUAAUGAUGAUGAUGAUGAUGAUGAUGAAUGGAGGAGUUGUUAUUGUUGUAGUAUCUGCAGGAAAUAUAUCAGAGGAGAAGAACGAGUGCGCAGACCAGCUGAUCGGACUGGCUCCGUGCCUUGGGUACGUGGGUGGAAGCGGUAAUCGUCCGACAGUAGAUUGCUGCACGGGACUGAAACAAGUGGUUCAGAAGAGCAAGAGGUGUAUUUGUAUUCUGGUCAAAGACAGAGAUGAACCCUCCCUCGGUUUCAAGAUCAAUGUCACUCGCGCUCUAACCCUUCCCAAUGUUUGUCACGCCCCCGCCAAUGUCUCCGACUGCACCGCUCUUCUGAACUUGGCACCCAAUUCACCUGAAGCCAAAGUGUUUGAUGACUUUUUUGAACAUGGACAAAACAACAACACCACCACUACUACUAAGCCAGGGAAAGCCACCAGUACUCCGGCGUCAUCAAACACAAGGAACCGGCCUGAUUCUCAUCAUCUACUCCUCGUCGCCACUCUAGCUAUUACUCUUGCUCUCUUAAUAUAUUGCUUCCCCAUUUAAUUACUAUAUUAACUCAUCAUUUUUCUUUUUUUUGCUAAUUGUCCAGAAACUGUAUAAACUCCCUUAUGUCUCAUUAUUUCUUAUAAAUAAAAAUAUCUAUCAAAUAAAUAAA